AUGGCGCCUCUAUGUUCCCUCAUGCAGAAGGAAGUUCGAGCCAUACACACAGUAUUACUUCACAUACCACCGCACUCAAACAAGGUAAACAAGGUUCUUAAACAGGGUUUAAUCCAAGGUAUUUUCGUGAUAUCAGGGUCAAGUUAUGAAUAUAUUAGUGUGUAG